AUGGCACUGCGCAUCCUCGUGACCCUUCUCGCGUUUGUGGCCGCGCGCAGCGAUGACAUCGAAGCUGCGAUGGCCGCGGACGACACCUGCGCUGCUGGUGGCGACUGCAGCUUGGAGCUCAACCAGCUGCGCGGCAUCAAGGUCCACUACCUGGAUGCCUUGGAGGAUGACGAGGAAGAUGAGGAAGUACAGGUAAGACAGAGUAGCGUCGUGGCAUGGAAGGACUGCAUGCAAAAGAAGGGCUACUCGGCUGGCUGUGCUUCAUGCAUGGCCCAGUUGGUGGGCUGCUCGAGGGACCACUGCAUGAACCAAUGCAUCACCAACGACAAGGCGCCUGCUUGCACGCACUGCGUGAAGGCCAGCUGCCGCCACAAGAUGAAGGCCUGCAGCGGUCUCAACGCCGGUGGACACUGA